AUGAAGUAUGAUCUGACAGGCAAUAAUUGGCUUGAAUUGUUAUAUGAGGAUAGAUCUUUCUGGGUUCCAGCUUACUUAAAGAGUGUAUUUUGGGCUGGUAUGAGCACGACCCAAAAGUCAGAAAGUAUGAAUGCAUUUUUCGACGGGUAUGUCCAUUCCGAAACAACAUUGAAGGAGUUUGUAGACCAAUUUAAUAACGCUCUUAGAAAGAAGGUCGAGGUAGAAAUUGUUGCGGAUUUCAAUUCUAACAACCAAACUAUUUCCUGCGUGUCCCAUUUCAACAUUGAGAAACAGUUUCAGAAGUUGUAUACAAAUGCAAAGUUCAAAGAGGUCCAAGGAGAUGUUUUGGAUGAAAUAUCUAUUGACGACCACAUCAAAACGGUCCAAUACUCAGUUUACUAUAACGAGGAGGAGAUGGAGGUCAAAUGCAAUUAUGCACUGUUUGAGACGAGGUGCAUUCUAUGUAGGCAUGCAUUUAGAAUUUGUCAGUUAAAAAAGAUUAAUGUUCUACUAGAUCGUUACUUGUUGGAUCACUGGAAAAAAGACCUAAAGAGGAGAUACACUUUACUCAGAAGUAGUUAUGAUGACCAACGGGAUAAAUCAGAUGCACGGAAUUAUGAGUUUGUCAUUAAAAGAUGUUCACAAUUGGCAACCAAAAUAUCCUCAGAUAAUAAACAAGUUAGUGCAUUCCUACGUGUUCUCAAUGAAUUUGAUACAACAUGUGAUGCGUCAGCACAGGAGUCGACAUUCGACCAAAAUAGGGCCAAACCAGAUGAGGUGUUGGAUAAGGGUAAGAAGGUGUUAAGCCCCAACAUGGUCAGAGGGAAAGGGAGACCCCCGAGUAAGAGGAAGAUGCCACCCGUGGAAAAGUUGGCCACAAAAAGAAAGAGACCGACUUGCAGGAAAAUCUUGGUGGAUGAAACACAAUUGGGUGACACUGCAGGAUCUCAACAACACCAAUUUGAUGAUGGGGUUGGUGUUGGGACACAAACCUCCAUUCUUACACAAUCAACUCCACUGGGCAAUGAGAUGAGUGACUCAAUUGAUGCAAUGUAUGUACCUCCAUGGUGUUGA